AUGCUUCCAAUAAAACAACCGCAUCAAAAAAGGGUAAGUAAGAUGAACCAAUUCAGCAAAUAAGCAGGGCCAUUUGUAAUAUUUUUCACUGUCUUAAUGCCUACUAAUUGUGUGAUUUUAGAAUAAUUUUACUUUGAUUUAAAACUAGACAGUGUUUCUUAAAACAUACAAAAUCUUUUGAUCUAUUUGGUAUAUGUAAUGGCGAUGUGGUCAUACUAUCAAGCAAUAACAAUAAAAAAUAUUACUGCUUAGAGAACGCCAUUAGCACCUGAUAAUAGAAGAAUUGAUCCUAUCUAUAAAAAUAAUGCAGCUUGUACAGUAUGCAACAAAUGGAAACCAAUCAGAGCUCAUCAUUGCUCUAUGUGCUAAUAAUGCAUAUUAAAAAUGGAUCAUCACUGCCCUUGGAUUAAUAAUUGUGUGGGACUUAGAAAUCACAGGGCAUUUUAUUUAUUUACAAUGUAUAUGACAAUUGGGGCAAUUCAAUAUAGCUGGGCAUCUUAUGUGUAUUUUAAGGAUCUCUAUAGAAAUGAUCAAGGUUUUUUUUCACAACAAACCACUUUUUUCUACUUGUAUUGGACCUUUACAAGUUUGGUAUUGUAUCCCACUUGUGCUAUGUUAUUCUUUUUGUUUUGCUAUCAUUCUAUUUUAGUUUUCACAAACUAAACAACUAUAGAGUAAAUGAGGAAUGGAUCAAAUGGUUGUAUGUGUUGUUCAUCUUCAGUAACAAAAAAUUCUAAUCUAUAUAAUCGUGGAUGGAUAGCCAAUGCAGCAUGGUUUUUUAAUUACUCAUAUUUAUGGUUCCUUCCUUUUUAAAAUGUCUAUGAAACUGAUGGUACUUCUUAUCCUAUUGCACCACUAUGUACAUUUGCUGACAUAGAAACUUAUGAUCCAUCUAUUGGUAAUGGACUUCCCCCUAAUACAUAGAUUGAUUUAGAAUAAAUUGAUCCGAAAUUUUUAGAUUAUAUUUAAACAGCAAAGGAAAAAUAUAAAGGGAAAAAAGUACAAUUAAAUGGCAAGGAAAUAGUUCUUGCCUGA